AGUAACGAGUCGGCUGCGCAUACGACCUGCCUCCACUAUAUCUCUCGUAGCCAACAUGCAUAAAGUUGAACCAGUUCCCUACAAAAGCUUAGCGAAGGCGCGUUUAAUCAAACAAUAAUUGUAAAUAAAACCGACAUAAUAUAUUAAACGUUGGCUACAUUAAGCAAAGAAAUUGCUGCGCGUUCGGGCUUAAGUAAUUGAUGAUGGAUGAUAGCUGACAUUUAAGCCAAUCGGAAACUUGCCGCUAGUUUUUUGUCCGGCUGAAUCAGUUCAGUUGAACAGAAAUAAUUUCGGAACCGAAAUACCGACAGCGCUCACUAAACAAAAUAUCAAAAUUCUUGUAUAUGUUUUUAUUACAUUUGGGUCAAGAAGCGACGACGCAAGCGGUGGCAGUAGCAGCAGCAGCAGGAGCGACAGCUACAAUAACGUGACAUGCAUGUGCGUGUCUCUGCAAUUGACAACAACAACAAGUAAACAAUUCUAGUCAACAAUCCAAACCAAAUGAGCGCACACUUCUGCUAAAAAAAAUUAAAUAAAAUAUAAAAAAACAAAAAAAAUAGUAAAAUAAACUUGCAACAUGCGCGUUGUGGCAAUGGUAAGUGGUGGCAAGGAUAGCUGCUACAACAUGAUGCAGUGCGCGGCCGAAGGACAUGAAAUUGUUGCACUCGCCAAUCUUCAUCCCAAGGACAGAGAUGAGCUGGACAGCUUUAUGUACCAGACUGUGGGACAUAUGGGCAUCGAGAUACUUGCCAGCGCUAUGGGCUUGCCGCUGUAUAGACGCGAGACCAAAGGCAAGAGCACACAGACUGGCAAACAAUACGUGCCCACCGAUGAUGAUGAAGUUGAGGAUCUCUAUAGCCUGCUUGACACUUGCAAGCACGAACAAAAUAUAGAGGCCGUGGCCGUGGGCGCUAUAUUAUCGGAUUAUCAGAGAGUGCGUGUUGAGAACGUAUGCAGUCGCCUCAAUCUGAUAUCCCUGGCCUAUUUAUGGAGGAGAGAUCAGACUGAGUUGCUGCAGGAGAUGAUAGAUUGUCAAGUGCAUGCAAUUAUAAUUAAGGUGGCUGCUUUGGGUCUGGUGCCGGAUCGUCAUUUGGGUAAGUCGCUGCGCGAGAUGCAACCACAUUUGCUCAAGAUGCGUGACAAGUACGGCUUGAAUGUCUGUGGCGAGGGCGGCGAAUAUGAAACCUUUACGCUGGACUGCCCUUUGUUCAAGCAACGCAUUGUGGUCGAGGAUAUGCAAACGAUCAUAAGCAGCGCCGAUCCCAUUUGCCCCGUGGGCUACAUAAACUUUACCAAAUUAAAGCUGCAAGCCAAAGAACCUUAUGCUGGCGCCGAUGUUGUUUUCGUUAAGAAAUCGUUGGACUAUAUAAGCGAUCUCAAUGAGUCCACCUAUAGCGAUCUAAGCGAUCCGGAUUUUAGUGAAACCGAAUUGGAGUUAAUUGAAAAGGAGACACGCCUGCGCGAGUCUCUCAGCCAGAAUGAGCUCAUCUCGCGCAGCAAUUCAUUUGGACGCCACUUGGCCAACUCGUCGUCAUCGCCCAUACCCAUUGUUACGAAGAGCGCCAGCGUCGACGAGCCCAUACCGGCAGCAGCUAGCACCAGUGCUAGCUCCCUGCUGCUGCUUGCCAAUGCCAACCAAUCCAGCUCGACGUCCGCCCUGGGACAUCAACAGCAACUCCUUCAGCAGCAGCAGCACAGCAACAAUCAUCAUCAGUCUACUGCAUUGGGCAGCAGCACCGCCGCCGUAUGCGGCUCGCUGUCGUUGGCCAUCUCCUCGCUUGGGCUUAGCUGUAAUAAUGCGGCGACGACGACGAUGCUGACCCAACCACCGAGUCCCAUGAAAUAUGAACGUGAAUUUCGUCCCUUGGCAAAUCACCCAAGUGCCGCAAUCAAUGCCAAAGGCUGGAUGUGGCUAGCAGGCAUACAGGGUUGCGCCGCCAACAUGGAGCAGGGCAUGCAACAAGCUCUGACCACGCUCCGCGAACUUUGCCACUCGCAUGGCUAUGAGCUGUCGGAUCUGUGCUUCACCACGCUCUAUGUGCGCUCCAUAGCCGAAUAUGGCAUACUCAAUGCAAUGUAUUUGCAAUGCUUCAAUUUUCAUAAUCCGCCCACACGCGUUUGCGUGGAGUGUCCACUGCCGGACGAUUGCCAUGUGGUGAUGGAGGCCAUUGCACAUAAGUCGCCGCCAACGCACAGCGGCGAUGACAGCGAGGAGACGCAGCAGCUGCUCAAUGGUCGUCGCAAUACGAUGCAUGUCCAGGGCAUUUCACAUUGGGCGCCAGCCAAUAUAGGACCCUAUAGUCAGUCGACGCGAAUUGGCGACAUUACCUAUAUAUCGGGUCAGAUAGCUUUGGUGCCGGGCAGCAUGCGCAUUAUCGAGGGCGGGAUUCGUCCGCAAUGCAAGCUCACCUUGCGUCACAUUAGCCGCAUUGCCAAGGCAAUGAAUGCACAAGGACAACUGCGCGAUGUGGUGCAUGGCAUUUGCUUUGUCACCCACACCAGCUUCAUAGGCGAGGCGCGUCGUCAGUGGGAGCGACGCACCACCAAUGCCAUUAUGGAUUAUAUAGUGCUGCCAGCUUUGCCGCGUGAUGCGCUUGUCGAGUGGCAAGUGUGGGCGCAUACGCAUAACGAUCGCUUCGAUUAUGAGGAAACUGGCUGCUCGGUUAGCGACUAUACCAUCUCCAUACGCAGGCGCUGGAAUUAUGAAAACAACUGCGCUGCCAUUGUUUGCUAUGUGGCCACCGGACUUGCAUCUUCAACUACGCAGCUGACGCCGCUGAGCGAUGAUAUAUUGGGGCAUCAUUGCCGUCUGGCUCAAAGUCUAAGUGUGGAGAACCUCGACGAUAUACUCACCUAUGUUGUUAAUCGUUUGCUCAAGGAUUAUCCUUUAACCAAGCGACAGCAACAGAAACAAGCUGCAACUGCUGCUGCUGCUGCUGAUAACACUGCCACGCCCACAGCAGAGACUGCAACGCCGCCGCCAUUCCCGUUGCCGUCGCAGCCAGCUGGCGGCGCUGGGGAUCAACAAAUACCAGCGAUACAUUUGAAAUUGUUCUAUCAAGUGAAUGCAGCACCGCCGACAGAUUUAUUGCUGCAAGCCUUGCACGAAUUUCGCAUGAAGUGCCAGGAAAUGGCUUCGAUUGUUUACACUGUGCUGCCUGCGUGCAGUUUGCAUAAUUUUAGUACAUUUUUGUCGAUUUGUGGCGUGCGGCAUGAGUAGUUGGCCGUAUUAGCUGCAUGAGUGCGACAAAGACAGAGAGAGCGAGAGAGCGAGAUUGUUGAUAUUGUUAACUAGCCUGUGUGUAACUAUUUAACUAUACACGCAUACAUACACAUAUAUGUACAUGCUUAUAUAUGUCUAUAUAUAUAUA